AUGGCCCAAGAAGCCGCCACUAUCGACGUGUACCUCCCUCCGAUCGCAAAGCUCUCCGGCCCGGAAACCUCGGCGCGACCCGACCCAUUACGCUGGCUGCGUCAGAAUACCAUUGCUGACGUAGAUGGGAUGCCCCAGCAGUACCAAGAAUCGCUGUUGGAAUCACGUCCCAAAGCAGCCUUUAUUGCCCUAGUUCGGAAUUCCGAGGUCGAAGAGAUGGUGUACAGCAUGAUUCAGCUCGAAGCUCGGUUCAACAAUCGCUCGACCCAUCAGUACGACUGGAUCUUCUUCAACGAUGAAGAAUUUAGUAGUGAAUUCAUGUCAGCAGUUCGAGACGCGACUAACUCGCAGUGCUAUUUCGAGAUCAUUCCCGAAGAACACUGGAGCGUCCCUUCCUGGAUUGAUACUACUCGAUUCGACGUUGGUCGCCAAUUCAUGGGAAGUAUCGGGGUCGGAAAGGCAUGGCUUCAAAGCUAUCACCAUAUGUGUCGAUGGAAUGCCGGCCUAUUUGCUCGAGAGAAGCGUCUUGCCUUCUACGAAUUUUUCUGGAGAGUCGAGCCUGGAGUUGAUUUUAGCUGCAACAUUAACUACGAUGUGUUUCGCUUUAUGCGUGACAACAACAUGGCGUACGGGUUCAACAUGGCCAUUCUUGAUGACGCACGGUCUUUUCCUUCACUAUGGGACAGGACGAAGAUGUUCAUCAAGAACAACAAGAAUAUGAUCCAUGAAGAUGCCGACUAUGACUGGUUACUCCAAGAGCCUUUCCAUGGAAACGGUAUUUCGCGGCCCACCAUUGACGAUGACACAAGGGAUUUCGACCGUCUUGAGUACAACAACUGCCAGUUCUAUUCCAACUUUGAGGUUGGAUCUCUUGCUUUCUUCCGCAGCGAGGAGCAUAGAGCUUACUUUGAACAUCUUGACAGAACAGGAGGAUUCUACUACGAACGCUUUGGCGAUGCUCCUAUUCAUACUCUCAGUGUUAGCUUGUUCCUCCCGAAAAGCCGCAUCUGGUACUUCCGCGACAUCGGAUAUGCCCACGGCCUAUGCGAGCAAUGCCCCCCUCAUCAGGUCAGACUCACUGCUGAUCCAGAAUCACAACAGCAACCUCAGGCGCGUGCGGUAUUCAUUAACGAAAGCCUCUCAAAGAAACACCGUCGAUGGGAGGCCAUGUCCCAAGACGUUAUUCGCCAGGGAGGCAUACCCGGUCUGGCCUGCGGCUGCACGGUUAGCGCCAUUGAUCAUAACAAUGCCAAACUCGUGCCUUUUGAGUCGAAACAACAGAAGCCGGAGCACCCGUGCAUACGGCUGUACCUUGGCGGUAAAUGGCUCGAGAAAAGGGCUGACUGGGACCCAGAAGCCGAGAUUGCAGCUGGUCGGGAUGGUUCAGGAGGCUACCUGCUCGACGGCCUAGAGAGCAACCCUUUCUUGCGCAGCGACUCCAAUGAGCCAAAGUGA